GUUUGAUUCAUUUUUUUCUUCUAAUUAUUAUGGAAGGCUUCGUUAGAUACUUUUUCGUAUUCAUUACCUGUUCAUCCCUGUCAUUAGCUCGUAGGGAGUGCAUGCGAAUAGACAUGCUUAGCGUUCGACAUGGACAAACCGGCGGAUAUACCACUAUAUUUUCUACUUUUCUGAACGACACUUUUGUUGAUAUUAGAGCUGAUGUUCUACGAACUGUGGAGAAUCCAACAUGGGGCAUUGAGGUAACAAGAUGGGGUCCUGCACAAAGGUCAACAAACUUUUUCAACACAUCAAUUCUACUUUGCGAAAUGGAGCGGAUGUCUAGAAGAAAUUUAUUUCUACAAGUAUUUCGCGAGGUUGUCAAGGAUAUGACUAACUUCACGUUGAAAUGUCCUUUGGUGGCCGGACGCUAA